GCAGCAGACAGAGACCGGGGUUGCCAUUUAUUUCUUCAGUAGCUUGAAGGUGGCUCUGUAGAAACGAGCCAAUAUUCUCAGGAUGAUUUCCCGACUUGCGUUAAGAAAUGGCUCUAUCUUGUCAGCAGCUUUUCUGCGGACCUCCACACCAUGUGUGACGGCAGCACCAAAGCUUCUAUUUCACACAAGCGAGCAGCAGUUUAUGCCUAAGAAGCUCCCUGAGGUUGGCGGGCAGGUUCGCUUCGGUUUCAUCCCCGAGGAAUGGUUUCAGUUUUUCUACAACAAAACAGGAGUCACUGGACCGUAUAUGUUCGGCACUGGUCUCAUCAUGUACCUCCUGAACAAGGAAAUCUAUGUAGUUGGACCAGAGACAGUCCAUGCUUUUGUAGCCCUUUCGGUUUUGGUGUACGGCAUCAAGAAGUUUGGCCCGACUGUUGCUUCUAGCUGUGACAAAAACAUUCAGGAAAUGCUUGACAAGGCAAAUGUAGGCAAAAAUGAGUCCAUGGGCAUCUUAGCCAAUGCCAUCGAAGAAGAAAAGAAAGAGCAGUGGAGGUUAGAUGGACGCAACUAUCUCUUCGAAGCAAGAAAGGAAAAUGUUGAUAUGCAGUUGGAGAUUGAAUACCGAGAGAGGCUGAAGAUGGUCAAUGAUGAGAUCAAGAAACGGCUGGAUUACCAGGUUGAGCUGGAUAACAUGAAUAAAAGGAUGGAGCAAGUUCACAUGGUACGCUGGAUCGAACAGAACGUCAUCAAGAGCAUCACACCACAACAGGAAAAGGACAUUCUUGGAAAGUGUAUAACGAAUCUGAAGUCCAUGUCCACUGCAUGAUGGGCCACUUUCUCAUCGGGUCGUCUGGGGUUAUGAGAGCUUAUAACUCUCAACACAUUAUUGAGAAUUAAUAUUUCUGUACAAAAUAUUCACUGUUUUAAUAAACAUGUUAGCCUGCUAUUUUAGUUAUUGAUUCAACAGAUCUGUUAUAGGAGGAAAACCAAGUUUGCUGUGCGUGUUGAAACAGAUUGAAAAUUGGUUUGGAGCUUUUGGGACAAUGAGAAGGGUUUGAUACAAAAUAAGAAAAUUGUUAAAUUUUCGCUGAUCAACUGAUUUCCUUGGUUUUGGUUUCUCAUCUGUGCCAAUUGAAGACUGAAAAACAUACAUGUAGUACAAAGUCUUGCACAUUUCUCUGUUCAGCAUGAACAGAUUAUAGUGGGCUAUUGACGCCUUGCAUAAUGUGCAGUGCACUUUUACACAAACCUAUCCUGUCCUUUGUUUUGGGAGUCAAAAGUUUGCAAAGUUAUGUUCCACAUCUGCAAGGGGUCAAUGCAUGACUUUUGCUUCGGUUUUGCUUAAAGCAACCCAACAUAACAAUGUCUUCUCCUAAUUUAUACAACAUGUGUGAAAUUUAUUCUGAGUUUUUAAGCAGGCACUGAUGAUUUCCAGUUUUACUCAUAGUAUUAUAUAAAUUGGCCCUUUGACAUCGCAGACAUAAUUGUAACUGUAACUGCAAGUUUGUUCCUUGAUGAAUUAAGAGUGGCUUUGUUUAGUUAGUUGAGCAAAGCUGUUCCAAUUCGGUAUUGAUGAAAAAAAACCAAGGAUGCUAUGUUGAUCAAUUUAAGAUUUACCAUUGAGUUGAGCUGGAAACUACAAUAAUCACAGAUACAGAAAUAAGCACAAGAUUUUUCCUGAUGUCAGGAGUUUUUUUCAAAAGCUCCCGGAGCCAUCAAAUUGUUAAUGAAUUUUCACACUGUCAAAUCUCACCCCAAGUCUUGAAUGAAAUUUGAUAUUUCACAUCAUUAUAGGUAAACAAAGCUUGGUUUAUAUCCUUCUCAAUGUGGCAAGCACUUUCAAAAUACAAUACAAAGAUUUGUUAAAUUAUUCUGAGUUUAAUACUACUUUUAUCACCGAUAAGAGUGUAUUUUAUAUGAUUGCAAUCCAAGCCAGUGGAUUUUUAGAAUCUAAUGUGUAGAUUAGGCUUCAAAUUAAUAAAGAGAAUUAUAAGUUGAUUGUUCCUUUGAAA